GUUCUCUUCAGUAGUUUCCCUUUCAAAGGCUGGUCCAUUUUCCAUUUCUUGAUGCUCCUUUCCUCAUGCACCAUUCUGGCUCAGAACCGAGACAGACACUGUCCCGCAUGAGCCCGUCGUGACCAUGGCUGAGGCACCGGCCGAGGAUGCGGCCGUGCCAGUAGAGGCCACGGGAGAGGGCAAUGAGUCGCCCAAGGGGAAACGGCCUGGCUUCAAGUCGCAGUUGGCCAAUCCGCCCAAGUGGACUAUGGCUAGCAAGCCGAAAAUGAUCAUUGGAGGGCCAGUUCCAUCUUGGCAGGAAAGCAUUCCAGGACCCCAGUACAACUACUCCACCGACAGCUUCAAACACAAGCAGCCUGUGUGGUCCAUGCGCACCAAGCCGGAGAUGGUCAUUGGUGGCGGUGUUCCUUCAUGGACUCGCUCCAUCCCCGGACCCCAGUACAGCUUCCCCACAGACUGCUACAAGGAGCGCCAGCCGGUCUAUAGCAUGCGCGGGCGUGGAGAGGAUGCCCAGAAGAUCACACAAUCAGCUCCUGAGAUCUCAACGGAUCAGCUGAUGAAGGGCUUGGAUGCUUCGCGCAAGAAGCCGCCCAGCUGGAGUUUGAAGUCAAGGCCUAAGAUGGUGCCAGGUGAUGCUGUGCCCUCCUGGGUGAACUCGAUCCCAGGUCCCAAAUACCAUCCGCCCUGCGACUCCUUCAAGAAGAAGUCACCUGUUUACUCCAUCGGGCAGAAGCUGCCCAGCGAGUCUGACUUGAUGAAGGUCAGAAGCCCAGGGCCCUUGCGCUACAGUGGUCCUGCCAUGGAUUCCAAAAAACAAGAGCUGGUGGACAGCACCAGGAACAAGAGCUUCUCCUGCUCUUUUGGCGUGGGACCACGUUGGAAGGGUCCUGUCUCCGAGAUGGUGAUGACCGGUGCCCUGGCUCGCUAUGACCGCCCAUGUCUUUGACCGAUGCGCGAAAUCCGGGACCCGUCGACCUGCGACCGGCCCCUCCGUAGGAGGGGUGGCUUGCCCGGGUGCCUUUCAGGGAGAUCCGCCGAAGGGCGCUCACUGAGUCACUGAGGGCAGAA